GAGCAUUACACAUCAUUUUUGCUAAUCCCCAAAAUAAAUUAAUUUAAUUAAAUUUAAUUAAUUAAUUAAUUAAAUAAAUAAAUAAAUUCAAAACCCUCAUUUUUGUCGUCUUCCAUUCUCAGUGUUUCUUCUCCAUCACCAUUAUAUAUAUAUAUAUAUAUAUAUACAUACAGUUUUUUCUCUCAAGUGCUGUUGUUGUGAUAUAUACACAUACAUACAUAUAUAUAUAUACAUAUCGCUGUAUCAGUCCGUCGUGUUGGAGAAAUCGAAGGAUUUUUCAAUUUCAACCAUGGCGGGAGAAUUGGACAAGUCGCUGUUGAACGAACACAAGGAGAAGCAUUUCACGGCCGGUGAGGUGGUGCGCGACAUAAUUAUCGGCGUUUCCGACGGGCUGACGGUGCCGUUCGCCCUCGCGGCGGGGCUCUCCGGCGCUAACGCCUCCUCCGCCGUCAUUCUCACCGCCGGCGUCGCCGAGGUUGCUGCGGGCGCCAUCUCCAUGGGCCUCGGAGGUUAUCUUGCUGCGAAGAGUGAAGCAGAUCAUUACAUGAGGGAACUGAAAAGAGAGCAAGAGGAGAUCAUUGCUGUGCCUGAUACAGAAGCUGCUGAGGUUGCGGAAAUAUUAGCUGAUUACGGAAUCCUGCCUCAUGAGUAUACUCCGGUGGUGAACGCUCUGAGGAAGAAUCCAAAAGCUUGGCUCGAUUUUAUGAUGAAAUUCGAGCUGGGAUUGGAGAAGCCAGAUCCAAAGAGAGCAUUUCAAAGUGCAUUCACAAUUGCCAUAGCUUAUGUCGUGGGUGGAUUAGUGCCCCUUCUGCCGUACAUGUUCAUCCCCACAGUUACUAAAGCUGUGCUUGCGUCGGUUGUGCUAACUCUUAUGGCUUUACUCAUAUUCGGCUACGCCAAAGGUCGCUUUACUGGAAACAGACCGUUUAAGAGCGCUUUUGAAACUGCUCUCAUCGGAGCUCUUGCAUCUGCUGCUGCCUUUGGCAUGGCGAAAGCUAUACAAGGAUGACGACUUUUUUCCAAUUAGACGAUUUCGGGUUUUUGUUUCUUCGUUUUCUGUGCACUCUUUCCCGUUUUUAGUACUUUCAGUUCUUUCUUCGUUAAAACUUGGGACCUUUUUGAUUUGUUCGUCUCUAUUAUGCGUAUUUCUAGUUUUUGUUUUUCUUUCGGGUGUAAUUAAUUGGUGAGAACACUUGCUAGAUAUCCAGUCUUUCUUUUUCAAAGUUGG